AUGCCAGUAGGGACACAUAAUUUGGAAAGCACAUCUGGAGUUAACUCUGAAAUUAGACCGGAAGUCAAUGUAUCGGGAAAGAAUUGUGAUGAUGACUUAAGAUUGAGCCCAGAUGCUCUCUUGAGAGCGGACUUGUCGGGGAGAGCAGCCGAGGUAGCACCUAACGGUCUUGUUUUGCUCCCUUGGCAGAGAAACGUGAAGCGCAAUGGGAGCAGAAGCUGCUUGAACAGGAGUCGGUUUGGUUCCCGUGAGAGGGACUGGCUGAGAGAGGACGUUGGACGAGGCUGCGUAUACGUUUAUGGAGGAGAUUCUGCAGUUACUGCUUCCUCUGACUUGCGCUUGGUCCUUUGUACGGUGGACACCCCGGUAUCUGAGAUAUGCGAUGGAGAAGAGAGGGAAAACCUCUUUCUGCAGCUUCAUGGAGACCUGGUCAGGAGACUGGAGCCCACGGAAAAACCCCUUCAGAUUGUGUAUGACUACUUGGCUGGCUUGGGUUUUGAGGAUCCUGCCAGAAUGCAGGAAGAGGCAGCAAACUCUGAUCUCAGCUGUAUGAUUCGCUUUUACAGUGAAAAGCCAUACCAAGUGGAACAGUUAGAUCGCAUCCUGCUCUCUGGAAUCUAUAACGUGCGCAAAGGAAAGACCCAGCUGCACAAAUGGGCGGAACGCUUGGUAAUUCUCUGUGGCACCUGCCUCAUUGUGUCCUCUGUGAAAGAUAGCCACACGGGGAAGAUGCACAUCUUGCCUCUCAUUGGGGGAAAGGUGGAAGAGAUGAAACGUCGGCAGUAUACGCUCGCUUUUACAUCUGCUGGAGCCCAAGCACAAACAUACCAUGUUUCCUUUGAAACGCUGGCAGAAUGUCAGCGGUGGCACCGACAGGCAUCCACGGUUGUGUCUCUGCGACUUGGCAUGGUUGAUCUUUCAUGCUAUAGCCUCGAGGAAGUACCUGAGCACCUCUUCUACAGUCAGGACAUCACCUACCUCAACCUACGACACAAUUUUAUGAGACCAAGUGGAGCAGGGAGUCUUGACUCUCUUUGCAGGUUUUCUCAGUUGAAGAGCCUGAACCUGUCUCAUAAUAAACUGGGAGAGUUUCCUGUAUCACUGUGUGAGAUCUCUACUCUGACAGAGCUCAAUAUUUCCUGUAAUGGACUUCACCACUUACCAAGCCAGACUGGCAAACUCUUGAAUCUCCAGACCUUCUUGCUUGAUGGGAAUUUCCUGACAUCUUUACCAGAAGAGCUGGGAAGUCUGCAGCAGCUUAGUUGUCUUGGGCUUUCCUUCAAUAACUUCUGCAAGCUGCCAGCAGUUUGUGCGAAACUCAUCGUCUUGGACAAACUAGCCCUGGCAGGGAACUUGCUGGAGACCCUGGAUCUUGCAGCACUGAACCGUAUGAGCCACAUCAAAAGCGUAGAUCUGAGGCUGAACAACCUGAAGAGAGCAGCAGUUGACAGCCUGGAGGGGAAUACAUCCGUGAUCUACAUGGAUUUACGAGACAAUCAGCUGACGGAUCUGGAUCUGAGCUCCUUGAGCAGCCUGGAACAGCUGCACUGUGAACGGAAUAAGCUGAAAGAGUUGACACUGAGUGGCUUCUCCCUUCGGGCCCUCUAUGCCAACAGCAACUGUCUGACAGCUGUCAGUGUUUAUCCAGUUCCUGGUCAACUGACAUGUCUGGAACUGUCCCGCAAUCAACUGCGGUGUGUCCCGGACUGGGCCUGUGAAGCAAAGAAACUGGAGGUUUUAGAUGUAAGCUACAACCUCCUCGUGGAACUCCCGUCGAGGAUCCUCAGCAGCCUGAGCCUUCGGAAGUUGAUGGUGGGGCACAAUCAUCUGCAGACCCUUCCACCUCUGCUAGAACACAUUCCACUGGAGGUGCUGGACCUUCAGCACAAUCUGAUGACUAAACUCCCUGAGACACUCUUUCUCAAGGCUCUGAACCUCAGGUACCUGAAUGCAUCUGCAAACAGCCUGGAGUCCUUGCCCUCUGCAUGUACAGGGGAGGAGAGUCUGAGCGUGCUGCAGCUGCUUUACUUGACCAAUAAUAACCUCACAGAUCAAUGCAUCCCUGUCUUGGUGGGACACCUGAACCUACGGAUCCUUCAUCUGGCGAACAACCAUCUACAGACCUUCCCUGCAAGCAAACUGAGUAAGCUGGAGCACUUGGAAGAGCUGAAUCUCAGCGGCAACAAACUGAAAACAAUUCCCACAACAGUGGCAAACUGCAAGCUACUUCAUACGCUUAUUGCACACUCUAAUGAAAUCAGCAUCUUUCCAGAGAUCCUGCAUUUGCCCCAUAUUCAGUUCGUAGACUUGAGCUGCAAUGAAUUAACUGAAAUCCUGAUCCCUGAGGCACUGCCAGGUACCUUGCAGGAGUUGGACCUGACCGGAAACACAAACCUGGUGCUAGAACACAAGACACUGGACAUCUUCAGUCACAUUACCGCACUGAAGAUUGAUGCUAAGCCCUCCCUCACAGCAGACUCAGCACUCGCUUCUACCUUCUGGAGUCAUGGGGUAGCUGAGAUGGCAGGCCAAAGAAAUAAGCUGUGUGUGUCAUCCCUGGCCCUGGGGAGCUUUGCAGAGGGGGUAGAGGCUGUGUAUGGCAUGUUUGAUGGUGAUAAGAAUGAGGAGUUGCCACGCCUGCUGCAAUGCACUAUGGCCGAUGUGCUCCUGGAGGAGGUGCAGCAGUCAGACACGAUGUUCAUGUGCAACACCUUCUUGGUCUCCCACAGGAAGCUGGGCAUGGCUGGGCAGAAGCUGGGCUCCUCUGCUGUCCUUUGCUACAUUCGUCAUGAUGUGGCUGACCCAGCCAGCAACUUUUCUCUGACGGUGGCCAACGUGGGGACGUGCCAAGCCGUUCUGUGCCGAAGUGGAAAACCACUGCUCCUCUCCAAGGUCUUCAGUCUUGAACGAUGUUCGGAAGAAGCCAAGAGAGUCAAGGAGCAAAAAGCCAUUAUAACAGAGGACAACAAGGUUAAUGGUGUGACUUGCUGUACUCGGAUGCUGGGCUGCACGUACUUGCAUCCCUGGAUCCUGCCCAAGCCUCAUAUCAGUUCCAUUCCACUGACUGUACAAGAUGAGCUGCUACUUCUGGGGAACAAAGCUCUCUGGGAAUACCUUUCUUACACAGAGGCUAUCUCAGCUGUGCGCCAUCUACACGACCCGCUAGCUGCUGCAAAGAAACUCUGCACUUUAGCCCAAAGCUAUGGUUGCCAAGACAACGUAGGUGCAAUGGUGGUGUGCCUGAACAUUAGUGAGGACAACUGCACUUGCGAGAUGCAUGGACUCACCCUGCCAGGCCCUGGGGGUUUUAGUUCAACCACCACCAAACUAGCGACACCUUCCUCUAGCAGUGGAAUUGCUUCAGAGUUCAACAGUGAGCUGUCUGCUUCUGAGGUUAGCAGUGAGGUGGGCUCUACUGCUUCAGAUGAACACAACGGUGCUGGCCUUGAGGGCAGCUUACUGCCACGACAAGAGCGACGUUGCAGCCUACAUCCUGUACCCCCCUCAGGCAUCUUUCAGCGCCAACCUUCCUGUGCCACCUUCUCUAGUAACCAGUCUGACAAUGGGCUGGAUAGCGAUGAUGAGCAGCCUGUGGAAGGUGUCAUGACGAAUGGCAGUAAAGUGGAGGUGGAGGUGGACAUCCACUGUUGUAAAGGAAAGGGGCUGGAGUUUGAACCUCCUGCUGCAGAGUACAGCUCCUCUGCUGCAGUGCCAGAGGAUGACUCUGAUGGGCUUGUCCUCAUGAUUCAGAGACAGAACAGUGUAAACAGCAACACUGUGCAGGCAGGAGUCAAGGAAAAGUGUGAACUACAGAAAUCAUCUUCCACAUGCUGCCUCUAUGGAAAGAAGCUUUCCAAUGGCUCCAUAGUGCCCUUGGAGGAGAGCCUCAACCUCAUCGAAGUAGCCACAGAGGCACCCAAGAAGAAAACAGGCUAUUUUGCUGCUCCGUCCCAGAUGGAGCCAGAGGAUCAGUUUGUGGUGCCACCUGAUCUGGAGGAGGAAGUGAAGGAACAAAUGAAGCAGCACCAGGAAAAUGGAACAGAUCAAAGGCAGAAAGAGGACCCUGCAGUGGCUCUGCCAGAGGAGUUUGAUACAGCUUUGUAACCCUAUAAGUACUGCUCCCACUUUGUCUGUCCCAGGAAGCCCUGUCCCAUAAGGGUUGUCUUGCCCUCCAAGGGGAGCUGGGAUCUGUAAGGAGCACAGGCAUCUGCUGCUUCCUCAGUGGAGUAGAGGAAGAUUUGGGAGUGCUAAGGUCUGGGCUGUCCGCUUUUCACUGUAGAGCCUCAGCUGUUCUGUGAGCACUCAGACUAGCAGCUGAGCUCUGUUAGGGACUGCCUGGGAAUUGUGCAAGUGGAAGAAAGCAGGUGGCCCAACACCUGCCAAUAACUCCUUCCCCCAGAGGUUCUGCCAGCUCUGCAGGUGAGGGGCUGGCAUCUGUGUGGGGUGAGGAGGCUGCUAAGGGGCAUAUGCAGUGUUCAGAGUCACGUGAAUGUUUCUGACCCAGCCCCCUGACAGCACCUGACUUUGUUUUUCCUUGAAAGAAUACAGCCAGUUGCAAUGAAGCUGACCAAGAAUGGUUUCCUACAUGCAUUGCAAGCACUUUCAUUGAUUGCACUCAGGCUAUUCUCCUCCCCAUCAGCCCAGCACUUUAUUACUUAGGGUCAGGGGAGAGAGCGCUCCAGUGCCACUGUCCACAGCUGAUGUGCGAGGGGUUUUUCCCAAUGGGUAUUGUUAGGGCACUGGAGGACUCGGGGUACCAGUACCCUACUGAUAAGCGCUGGUGCAGGGAAGAGUAAGGGGUUUGAUGGGGUCAGCCUAAGCAGGAUGAGGAAGUACACAGCUGGGUCAUAAGUGGAUGCCUGCUGAUGUUUUACAUGGAGCACAGGAGAGAUCAAUGGUGGGCUUGUUGAUUGAUGUAUUGUGUAGAGGUAGUGCUUACAGCUGCAGGGCACAGACCCAUCCCAGCAGCUUGGCCAUCUCCAUCAUGGAUGCGUCACGGUAGAGGAUUCCUAUAUCCAAAAGAUAUAGGAUGAAACCAAGGGCUCCUGCUUGUUUUGGUGAGGUACUCAAUCUACAGGAAACACAGAUGUGAGCAGUGGUGUGCUGGUCUAAGGUUAGUGAGCAGUUGGGCUGCCCCUCAUAUGCUGGAGAAGCAUACAUUGAUCUGUUCCAUCAACACAAACCUCUGCAACCACAGCAUCUUUGCUUGCCUCUGAAAGCAGGAGUCAUUUUGCAAAUCCACAGCCACCACCAGCAUUUAAUGGUACAUGCCCAAACUGGCAGCAAACAAGCUGAAAGCGUGCUUGUUUCUGCUUAGUUUUCAAUGCAAAAGGAAAAACGUAUUUUUUUCACCUUAAGAACAUCUUUAUCAGCACUGGGAAGGAGAUGCUUAAAACAGUUCUACCAGUGGUGAACUGGCCAGUGUCCACUCAGCAGAUGCACUGUGGUUCCUUUAAGGUUUUUGACACAGGGCAUCAAUUGGCUGCCUAUGUCAUCGCCUUCAGAAAGGGUUGUGAAGAGACCACCGCCUGUAGUGUGCAGACGUCUUCCUUAGCUGGCAGAGAGCUGGACAGCAGCUACCCCAGUCACGUCAGUGGUGUAAUAACUCUGACUGUAACAUGGGCUAGUGCCUUUUCUUCUUUAUGAAUUAUAUUUAUGAAGAAAAACCUGAAAGUUUUUUCUCAAGAGUUCUGAGGGAUUGGAGUUGUAUAUUUUGGAUGAAACUCAGGCCUUGCUCAAAAGGAAAUACUGUGUAGACAACUUAUUGGAUUCUGACAACACAGAUUUUGUGACAAAAAACUAAUAGAGUUUUGUUCAGAUUUCA